AUGGUCUCGCGCGGUCAGCGUCAAGGCGAGCAGCUGUACAGGGCCAACUUCCGUCACCACCAGUUCCUCCCCACCGACGACUCGUCGUCCGUCGUCGCCGACUCGCAGUCGCCCGAACCCUCAGCCUACUUCCCAACACCCACGUUCCAUCCUCGUGCCCCCAUCUAUGACGACGGCCCGCCCGCCCACCCGAGGCCGCCCGCCUCGAGGUCCCUCGUCCCCGACUCGCUCGCCGCCUCGCCCUCGCGCCACACCCGCUCGCGCUCCCCCUCGGCCGUCGACCUCGACGAGCGCAGAGCCUUCAAGCAGGAGCUGCUCGACGACCACAUGCCCGACGACGUCAUGGCCGACGACGAGCGCCGCGCCGUGUACCGCUCGCGCGUCAACGACGAGCGCCGGCGGCCCGGGCGGCGCAGGGAGCGUGCGCCGUCGUACGAGCGCGCCGUCAAGGCCGAGCUCGACGUCGCCGGCAUGGGCGCAGCACGGCGAGGGCACGUCGAGGGCGAGGAGGAAGGGCCCAUGCUCCCUCCCGGCGGCGCUCGCCUGCCGACCGUCCUGCGCAACAAGCGCCCUGCGCCUGCCCGCUCGUCAUCGCCGUCGUCGACCUCGGGCGCGAGCGACGACUCGGAUGACGGCAUCACAACGCCUCGUUCCGGCACGAGCUCCCUCUUCCGCCCCGAGGAGGACGACGAGCACGGCGACGACAGCGACGGCACGCCGUCCGGGCCACGCCCGUCCGCGCGCAGGGCAGUCGAACGAGGAGGCGUCGUCAAGAGCAAGAAGAAGCGCAAGGAGAAGAAGCGCACAAAGGCCGACCGCGAGCGCGACACCCUCAACUUCCUCGACAGCCUCGACCCGCCCCAAGGUCCCGUCUUUCGCCCCCUCGGCGUCAAGCAGCGCCUCAUCAACCGGGCCGCCGAGUCGACCGCCGCGCUCCCGCCGCAAGCUCGAGUCGAACGCGUCGAGAUCGAGCCGCGCAGCCCGUCGCCGCCGCAGGAGGACCACGAGGGCGUGCUCGUCGGCGCGGGCGACGUCGGGCCGGGCGCAGCAUGGCCGCCUGGCGGCGAGCGCUCGGGCCCCUCGCCAGCUGGCUCGCCGGCCGGCUCGCUGCCGGACUAUGACGAGGAGGAGGACGGGCCCGAGGUGCCGCUCGUCUCGAUCGAGGACCCGGUCCUGCUCGAGGAGCAGGGUUACUUCCGUCGGCCGACCGAGGAGGGAGCGAUCCGGCGGUGGGUCGUCAUGCUCGAGCGCGAGAAGCGCCCUCUUCCUCCGCUGUACGACCACGCCCUCCUCUCGUCCGAUCUCGCCUACCUGCGCACGCUCCCCCUGCGCCUCCCUCCCGCCCUCUCUCCCUCUCCUCCCGCACCCUCUCUCGCCCUCCCCUGCGCCCUCCCUCUCCUGCGCACCCGACCCUCGCCCGAGACGUGCGCCGCCCUGUGGGCCGAUCUGCGCUCGCCGACGCACGCGGCGCAGCACGCACGCGCAGACUGCGACGCUGAGCCGCCGAGCGGGAGGGGUUGCCGCUGCCCGGUGUGGGUGCCGCCGUCGCCGGGAGGGACGCGUGAAUGGGCCGUCGAGCGGGCGAGGGCUGGGAGGGAGGAGGGAGCGAGCGUCGAGGGGCUCGUUGAGGUCGCGAGGAGGGUGUUUGACCUGGACGCGGAGCGCGACUUGUCGGCGCACGAGAUGGACCUCGUCGGCCUCGUCUACGAGCACAACUGGCUCUGGUACACUCAGCUCCUCGACCUCUCCCGCAUCGCCACCCACUCGCGCCAUCUCGCCUCGCCCCAGCUCAUCGCCGACCUUGCGUCACACCUCACCUACACGCGCGGGCAGCACGCCGUCGAGCGCGGGCUCGCGCACCGGCGGCUCGAGGAGGACCGUGCGAGGGCGAGGGAGGAGGGCAGGAUCGCGGAUCGGGCGCUCAUGCAGGAGACGGAGCUCGCCGAGCACAAGGCGAGGGACGAGGAGCACCGCCUCGCCGACCUCCUCUCCCGGCUCGAGGUGACGCUCGACGAGCAGGUGGGCGGUCGGGCGGCAGCGGUGAGAGAUGGGCAGGAGGGCGAUCGCGCCGGCGCGACGCAAGAGUGGGUCGAGCGGCGUGGCUGGACCGGCAGGGAGUAG